GGGAACUAGUAUACGCACACAUUAAUGGCGACUGGCAUGCCUGUGGACAGCGACGCUUGGUCCCUGGAGUGAUUGCCGAGAUCCAUUGCAGUAACGAGAAACACACUCACCAUAUUCAUUUCUCAUAUUUGCGUUUUUGAUUACACUCGUUGACACGGACUGAAAAUGGCGUUUAGCUCAGUGUACACCUGUGCUUACCUGUUGGUGAUAGGAAUGUCGGCUCUCAUCGGUUCAUCUGCUGGCGCGGUGGUGUGUCCGUGUAAGACGAAGGAUGGGUGUGUUCGUCCAAACCGUAUGAAGUCUACAGAUAAAGAGGUAUUUGUUGUGACAAACGGAACUGCAGACUACAAGACCUGGGAAUGGGGAUCCCUGACAUCGGUCAUCGCCACCGAGGACAAUGUCAAGACUGAUGUCAUGUGCUUUGCUCACCAGAUGCAUAAGAAAUAUGGCUUCAUGGUCCAGCUGGAUUACAAGUCUGCCAACUCCAGCUCCCCUGCUUGGGUCGACCAUGUCGUCAGCCGCAGGAACUCCUCCCACGCCGACUUUGUCACAGUCAAACUGAUGAAUGUCCUCAAAACCAAGGAUCCGUCGAUAGUGUCGAAGGUGCACUCGAUCCUCAUGGACCUCAAGAAAGCGCUAACUCCAAAGAUACACUAUGGACAUCCUAUAGAGAUGGUGUGUGUGGUGCCGUGGAAGCCAGCUUGCUACAGUGGUGACUGCAGCCUCACCCAGGAUUCUCUCUAUCAUUCCUGUGACUGGAUCAUGAUUGAUCCCAGCAGCUUUGAGUAUCAGCAUGAAGGAAGCGGGUGUAAAGCUCGAGCAACUGUGCCCUUCACCAUGAUCAGUCUAGGUGUGGAUGAAUAUGCAUCAGUCGGUAUCAAUGAGGACCGCAUCAUCAUGGGCAUCCCGUGGCACGGCUACAAGUACAGCUGUAAGGACUUCAAGUUUGAUAUGGAACUAAGUACCUGCACUCUGAAGGAAGUUACCGGUGAGGGACAAACCACGCCACACUGUGAUGUUGCUGGGUCCAGGGAAAUGAUAUCUGUCGGAGAACUACUUGACAAUCAUCAAGAUGAGCUCACCAAGAAGUACUGGAGCAAAGCCUACAAGGCUCCCAUGUUUGACCAUUGUAUUUCCAACCUUUCCCAGUGUCACCAGUUCUGGUAUGAGAACGUCCACAGUCUGAGGCUCAAGUAUCAGUAUGUCCAUGAUUUUGGUCUCAAAGGUAUUGCCAUUUACUUUGCUGAGGAUCUGUCAAAGUCCCAUACCCCGGCCAACGUGGGAUUUACGGGGGGCAUGUGGAACUGGGUGCUGCAUGGAAUCAUACAGACAACAGUGCAACAACCUCCCCCAGUGAAGUAUCAUCCUGAUGUUGUCGCUGGUGUUGCUGUUGGCUGCCUGCUGUUGGGGUUGGUGCUUGGAGUGCUGUUCACGUGUCUGGGUCUGCGGAAUCGGGUGAGGAAGACACCUGGUGCUCCGCUCAAGCGAGACCACCAGGUGGAGUACCACGAUGAAGAUGACGACCUCAACUUGUGAUCAUCUGCAGCUGUCGCCAUUCACCAACAACAAACAAAUAAUGUUCGCUUAGGUUGGAGCACUGAGUCCCCCUGUACAAAUGAUUCAAUGGUUAAACUGAUUUCAAGACUUACUAAUUUUUAGCAGGACUGGGCUUUGUGUACUUUUACUGUCACAUUAACACAACAUAGAAUUUUCUGCAUUUAUUUUUUGGAAAUCCCAAGGAAGGUACAUCUGUUACAUGAUAAGGUUGAUUUUGUCCUGGGAAAUGAUUGUUUGUUCCGAGGGAUGUAAUUUGUGACAUUGAUUCCAGUACUUAACAUUUCACUGAACUUCGGUUCAGCAACUGUUGGAGACGGUUCCCACUGUGGAGAUUACUUUGGCUUCAGUCAGAGCUGUUUUAACCUGUGGACUUGGUUUUUAUGUUUGUGCACAAGUAUUAAUUUAUUUUGCUCAGUUGAAAAAAUGUCACAAUUCUAUGAAAGUAAUAA